UCAUCGGACGGCCCUAAAUUUUCUCUCUACUCUCCCUCUCUCUCUCUUAUUCAUUCGUUCAUCUACUCUCCCCAACAAAAUCGAAACAGCUCAGAUUUUUCCUUUUACUCCUGCAAUUCGUCAAUUUCCACAUCUCCAAUCUGCAAAAUCGAGAAAAUGUCGACGGAGAAGGAGAGAGAGACUCAUGUCUACUUGGCCAAGCUCGCGGAACAAGCUGAGCGCUACGAUGAAAUGGUAGAAAGCAUGAAAAACGUUGCAAUGCUAGAUGUUGAACUGUCAGUGGAUGAAAGAAACCUACUUUCUGUGGGUUACAAGAAUGUCAUUGGUGCUCGUAGAGCUUCAUGGCGAAUCAUGUCUUCCAUUGAGCAGAAGGAAGAGUCCAAGGGACAUGAGAACAAUGUGAAGCUGAUUAAGGAGUAUCGGCUGAAGGUAGAGAACGAGCUGUCCAAGAUUUGCGAGGACAUACUGGCUGUCAUUGACAAGCAUCUCAUUCCCUCUUCUGGAUCAGCUGAAGCAACUGUUUUCUUCCACAAGAUGAAAGGUGAUUACUGUCGCUACCUUGCUGAGUUCAAGGUUGACCAAGAAAAGAAAGAGGCAGCGGAUCUGUCCCUCAAGGGCUACGAGGCUGCGUCUGCCAUUGCGAAUACAGAUCUACCAUCUACCCAUCCUAUCCGUCUUGGUCUUGCUUUGAACUUUUCAGUGUUCUACUACGAGAUCAUGAAUUCUCCUGAAAGGGCCUGCCAUUUGGCUAAGCAAGCAUUUGAUGAGGCCAUUGCUGAUUUGGACACUCUGAGUGAAGAGUCUUACAAAGACAGCACUUUGAUUAUGCAGCUUUUGAGAGACAAUCUCACUCUCUGGACCUCUGAUUUGCCUGAAGAUGGUGAGGACAAUGUGAAGGAUGAUGAACCCAAACCAGCAGAUGCUAAGAAUUAAUGCCGUGGCGCAAGAUUUGCAUCUAAUUUAUCAUGUUCGUCCAAAGGGUGUGGUGUUUUUAAGCUUCCUAAACUAAGCAGCGAUUGUAGGGAGAGUUGGUUGAAGAUUGAAUCCCUAAUGUCAGAACAAGAUGGUGAUUUGCAUAUUUCUUUUAUGCUAUAGUCUGCUGUAAUUUUUUAUCCUCCAAUUUCUCUCACCCCAAAAACUUAGUAAUAUUCAAUGUCACAUUCAUCUUCUUUAUUCACAUUUGGUUCCUUUU